ACUCUCCCUAAUGGCAUGGUCGUCUAUCAUCACUCUAAAUCCGUUGGGAAAUGGCAAGAAAGAGAUGCCAUUUCGACCUACAACGAGAUCUACAGAGAUGAACUUUAUCUUCAUGACGGUUUCUUUAAGUUAGAUGACUUGACGAAAACUGUGUUUGACUGUGGCGCUAACAUUGGCUUGUUCUCUCUUUGGGCUGCUCAACGAUGUCCGAAAGCGAAAAUCUUCGCUUUUGAACCGAUACCGCACACAUUUGACAUGCUGAAACGCAACGUCGCCAGACAUGGAUUCGAUGAUCGCCAUCAACUCUACCAUGUCGGGUUGGCAGAGAUCCCUUUGAACGGAAAGCCACAUGAUAGGGAAGUGAACUUCCGCUUCUACCCAGAGUUCAGCGCUAUUUCGACAUGCUUGUGGGAAGAGCAGGAGCAGAUUCACAUUCUUACCGCGCCAACUGAAGAUAACGAUUUACAAAUAUUUGAACGGUUUGAAACAGUCGAGUGCAAGAUUCGUUGUCUCAGCGACAUUAUUAAAGAAGAAGGAGUGAGCGAGAUUGAUUAUCUCAAAAUUGAUGUUGAGGGUAAUGAGUUGGAUGUUAUCAAUGGGCUCUAUAGAGACGACUGGAACAAAAUACAGCAGGUUUGUGCUGAAGUCCAAUCAACUAACGGUAAAAUUGAGAAGUUUAAGAAAAUCUUGAAAGACAGCGGAUUCGAGGUUUCUCUUACGAAUGCAAAAGCAGAGUGGCUUGGACAUGGUAUUAAGAUGAUUUAUGGUCGUAGACCAGAAUACAGAAAGUAAUGGACAGCAUCAAAUUUGCGAAGUACUGUGCACCGAUCAAUUAAAAUAGAACAUAGAAACGAGUGUGCUUGUAGACUUAUA